AUGGCAGAAGAAAGCACAAAAAGAAAAUUUGAGAGAGUAGAUUUUCUCAGUGAUCAUGUUAUGGCAUUGAAAGAAGCGAUGCACGCUGACUUCAUCCUCAAACCUGGUGAUAAUGGACCAGGCAUCCCCACGCACAAAGCUGUUCUGGCAGUGAAAUCAAAAGUGUUUAGAAGCAUGUUGGAAGCUGAUGAAUGCAAAGUUUCACCUGAGAAAUCAAUCACUAUCCAUGACCUAAGCUACGGAGAACUCGAGUCUCUCCUUGAAUUCUUCUACAGUGGUACGUUGAGUCGUGACAACAAACAUGUUCGAGCCCUCUAUCUCGCUGCGGACAAGUACGACAUUCAAUACCUCCAAGAUAUUUGCAGAGAAAUAUUAAUCUCGUCUCUGAGCUCUGAAAACGUUCUUGACAUCAUCCAACUUUCAACUAUCCCUUCGGAUGCAAUCCUCAAGGAAGCUGCGAUACUUUUCCUUCUCAGAAGAAACAUAGGCAUGGUUUUUCAAAAGAGUUUUGAAACAUUUGCACUUAAGGACCCUAGUACGACCUUGGAGAUCUUUCAAGCCUGUAUAAGAAUCCUGCGUGCACUCAGCCGAAAACCAACACAGCCAAAUUAA